AUGGCCGCUUCUCCACCACCGACGAACUUUGCACAACUCUCGUAUCCAGCACCCGGCGUUCUCCUUGUGACCUUUGCACGUCCCGAAAAGCUAAACUGCAUGGGCGGAGCGGAUGUUGUUGAGUUGACGAAUGUCUUUCGUUGGUUUGACGAUGAACCGUCCCUCAUAGUGGCCAUCAUCACCGGAGCCGGCAAGAAGGCCUUCUCCACCGGCGCUGAUCUCAAGGAAUGGCAGUCGAAUGUAUCUACCGCAGCCAAACCUGGCGCUGGUCCUGGCGAUGUGCCCGGCGCAAUGCCGCUAUCGAAUCGAAUCGGGAAGAAGCCUAUAAUCGCGGCAGUCAAUGGCUUGGCGCUAGGUGGUGGAUGCGAGACAGUGGUGAACUGCGAUCUUGUCAUCGCCGCCGACACAGCGUCGUUCGGUUUGGUCGAGGUCAUACGCGGUGUUGCACCUUACGCUGGUGCGCUGCCACGACUGAUCAGGACUCUGGGUCUGCAAAGAGCAAGUGAGAUGGCUUUGACCGGAAAGUACUACUCUGCUCAGCAAAUGAGGGACUGGGGGAUUGUCAACAAGGUCGUGCCUCAGGCGGACGUUGUUAAGGAAGCAGUUAAGUAUGCCAAGGUCAUCGCUGAAAACAGUCCAGACUCGGUCAUCUGUACCAGAGCAGGAUUGAGGCAGGGUUGGGAAACUGCAAGCGUUGUGGAGGCAACCGCUCUAACGGGCAGGACUCAGUGGACUGAGCUCCAGAAGGGAGAGAACAUUCAGGAGGGAUUGAAGGCAUUCAAGGAGAGGAGGCAGCCUGUCUGGAAGCCGUCAAGGCUGUGA